AUGGCAAGAUAUCAUUUCUUCUUGGCAGCUGCUGCUAUGGAAGAAAAGCAAAACAGAAAACUCCAACGCCGGUCCAUAAGGGAUGCAUGCAACCCCUUUGAUAUGCCCGACGAGGAGUUUCGGCACAUAUAUAGAGUGCGCAAAGAAUUAGCACUCUAUUUGUGUGCUGAACUUGACGCCGACCUCAAACCUCAACACGGCGAUGGAUUGCCGGCACAUGUUAAAGUUUUAACAUCACUGCACCUAUUGGCUGACGGUAGUUACCAACGGGGAACUGGACAAGACCAUGGCUUGUCCAUUGCUCAGUCUACCGUCAGCCGGUACUUGGAUCAAUUUGUAACUGCGGUGAAUAGAAGGCACAUAGACUGCACCCAAGUACAAAUUUUUCCACCACCUUUACCGCAUGGCGUACAGUUUUUGAACAGAAAAGGAAUUCAUUGGCUAAACGUUCAGUUGAUUGCGGACGUUAACUGCAAAAUACUGUCGGUGAAUGCGAGGUUUCCUGGCCGGGUACACGACUCGUUCAUCUUUAACAAUUCUUCAAUAAAAGACGAGUUACGAAGAUUGCAUAGCGAGCAUAUUGGAGAUUACUUUCUUUUGGGUGAUUCGGGGUACGCUCUUGAGCCAUGGCUCAUGACGCCCGUGCUGAACGCUGCCCCGAAUAGUCCAGAAGAAAGGUACACGGCCUGGCACUGCCGUGUUCGAAACACAAUUGAAAGAACAAACGGAUAUUUGAAAAAUAUAUUCCGGUGUCUGGGGCACGACCGUGUGCUCCAUUAUAGCCCGGCUAAGGCUUCAGCUAUUAUUUAUACUUGCUGUACACUGUAUAAUAUAAUGCAACAUUACAAAAAUCUUCCAAUAACAGGCGAACCUGAAGCGGAAAUGGAAGGGGGCGCUGCUCGAGGGAUGCCUUACCCUCAAAACGGGCUUCUCUUAAGAGUGGCACAAGAGAAACGUGCCCUAAUAAUAAAUAAUUAUUUCGCCUAGUA